AUCCAGUUGCCUGGCAACCGGAGCUUUUGCUUUGGUUUGCGGUUGGAGUUGUUGCAUUGCUUUGUGGUUGGAGUUGGUGGUUGCUUUGCGAUUGGAGUUGUUGCGUUGCUUUGCGUUUGGAGCUGCUGGUUAGACUUUGUGCCAGUUCUGGGCCUCGAUCAGCAGUAUUUAUGGCUGUGAAUGGGCUAGCGACUGGGCUGCUGCCUGCCGCCUGGCUCUUCUGGAAGUCUACCAAGACACCUACCGCUUCUUGGAAGCUGCUAUGCUGCCUUCCUCUUCUUCUCAUCUACUACUCUGCCUGCUUCUUCCUGGAAACUACUACUCUGCCUGUCUCUUCCUGGAAACUCCUACACUGUCUGGCUCUUGCGAUCUACUACUCUCUCUGCCUCCUUUUCGGAAUCCACUGCGCUGCCUGCCUCCUUUUCGCACUAUACUGUGCUGUCUGCCUCUUUCUUGGACUCUUCUAUGCUGCCUGCCUCUCUUUCUGCAUCUACUACUCCACCUGCCUCUUCCUGCAAUCCACUACGCCGCCUGCCUCCUUUUGGAAACUCCUCCUCAGCUUGCUGCUUCUUUGGAAUACGCUGCGCCACCUGCGUCUGCUCUGCAAUAUCCUACGCCGCCUGCGUCUGCUUUUCGAUACGCUAUACCGUCUGCGGUUGCUGUUCAAUAUUCUACGCCACCUCUCUCUUCUUUGGAAUAUUGUACAUCACCUACCUCUGCUCUGGAAGAUACUACACCACCUCUCCCUUAUAUGGAAUAUGCUAUGCCACCUGCCAUUGGUAUGGAAAAUAUUAUGCUGCCUGACACUUCUGUGGUACAUCCUAUGCUGCCUGCGCCUGCUUCGGAGCAUCCUGCGUCACCUGCCACUGCUACGCAGGAUCCUACGGCACCUGCCACUUCUACAGAGGAUCCUAAGGCACCUGCCACUGCUAUGGACUCUACGACACCACCUGCCUCUUGUAUGGACCAUACUACGCCACCUGGGUCUUCUGUGGAAUAUAACACACCGCCUGCCUCCUUUGGCAAUAUACCACGGAACCUGGCUCUUUUUAGAAUAUACUGCUCCACCUGGCUCCCUUUGGGCCAUACCACUCUGCCUGGCUCACUUCGGAACCUACCACACCGCCUGGCUCACAGUGGCAUACACUAUGCCGGCUGGCACUGCUUGGAACGUACCACAGCACCUGGCUGUCUUUGGAAUGUACCUUGCUACCUGGCUUUCCUCAGAAUACACCGUGCUGCCGGGCUUUCUUUGGAUGAGAGUGCACAGCCUGGCUCUGUUUGGACUAGAGUAUGCUUGCUGCCUGGCUCUCACUCAAAUAGAGUACACUGCCUGACUUGUUCCAUUAAAUAAAUACUGUCUUUUUGUUUCUA